CGUUACCUGUCAUAUCGACAGCCAGAGAUAAUUUUUGCUAUCGACACGCCGAAAACGAUCUCUCUCAACUCCAAUUUUGACGCGUCCCACUUAAGUGUCGCGAUACCCGUCUGACACCUAUAUACUUGUGCUGCCAUAUACCUCCUUUGCUUUGCAUGUGCGUUAUUCAAGGAAUCUCAACACCCUCACAUUAUGUUCAAGUUGAAGAAAUCACCUCCAAACUCACCUUCGCCAUCCAUGGCCUCCUUCUACACGGCACCUCAGUCUUCGCCAGAGAAUGCAGUAUCAGUAGGCAUUGCUAGUGCUGCACACGUUUCUCGUACCCUUGCCAUGGCCGCUUCCGAAACACCACUACCCUCAUCCUCUGCUUCAGCCUCUCGCACCUCACCAUCCAAAGGGAGUGCUAACCUGCAUCGAGGCUCUGUUUCUGCUCCACCUCUGAGAGAUAGCUCGGAUACAGUUUUUGGGCCUUCCAUUACCGACGUGUCCCUAUCCCCCAACAAACCACUGAUCAAGUCCACGCGAACUGCUCCAUGGAACUUCAACUAUAUGUCACCACCUUCAUCCCCCUCCAAGUCGUCUUCGUCAUCUCCCUACAAAUCAUCAUCAUCAUCUCCCUCACGAUCUUCGCCGCUCUCUUUGUCUCACUCUCCAUCGCAUGACGUGCACCAUGUCAAAUAUGCCCACGGCGCUAUCAGCACUGUGGCCGUGCGGGAGGAGUGGACGGUUCAUGGAAAGGGGGGCAUGACCGCCUCCGCAAUAUUAAACAAACCCUCGACGUCGGCGGAGCACUAUUGGGCAGCGAGGGCCUUGACAGCGGAGUCGAUUUUGGAGGCGAAGAUGGAUCAUCAGCAGGAACUGAAGAGCAUAAAAUUAUACGAGGACGAGAAGCGGACGAGAGAUCUAGCUGUUCUACAACAGGCGCACGACGCCCAGUACAAAGAGCUAAAAAGAACAUUGUUCUUCACCAUCACUUGCAUAGUGGUCCUGCUGGCCUUUAUCAUCUACAUUCUCAUGACAAACUCCCCAGCCUCAAAACAGUCGGCCUCUAGAUGGGGCGCGCACUUCACGAUUCCCAUUCUCUCACCGUUCACUUCUGUAAUCGAACACGAAGUGUCGACUUUCGGGACCACUGCCCUUAUAGGGUUCGCUUUUGUAUUCGCGGGUCUGGCAUAUGCUGUAUUUCGUUACUAUGCUGGUCGGCGGAGUACAUGACGAUAUACAUGUCGCUUCAGGCAGCCGGUUUGGAUUGUGGUACAGUCGGAAACCGGUUUGUAUAUUACGUGGA